UGAACAGCUACAGAAAUGGAGGAGUGCGAGCUCCUUCAUAUUUGCGCGGGGAUGGAAAUGCUUAUGAAUGUUUGUUUUUUAAGACAGACAAUCAUGACGGGGAAAGAAUUUUUCACGGAGUAUGGGGAAGGCAGUAAGUAUCAGAUUGAGCAAGUGGUGGGGAAAGGGAGCUAUGGUGUAGUUGCUUCUGCUGUGUGCCCACAGACAAGGAGGAAAGUGGCUAUAAAGAAGAUGACUAACGUGUUUGAUCAUGUGUCUGAUGCUAUACGGAUACUCCGAGAGAUAAAGCUCCUCAGACUUCUCCGACACCCUGACGUCGUCCAGAUCAAACAUAUAAUGCUCCCUCCUUGUCGGAAGGAGUUCAAAGAUAUUUAUGUAGUUUUUGAGUUGAUGGAAUCGGAUCUUCACCAUGUCCUAAAGGUAAAUGACGACCUCACGCCUCAGCAUCACCAAUUCUUCUUGUACCAACUUCUCCGUGGUCUCAAAUUCAUGCACUCGGCUCAUGUUUUCCAUAGAGACCUGAAGCCCAAGAACAUCCUUGCUAAUGCUGACUGCAAACUCAAGAUUUGUGAUUUUGGACUGGCUCGGGUUUCUUUCACCGAUUCCCCUUCAGCUGUUUUCUGGACUGACUACGUUGCUACGAGGUGGUAUCGUGCUCCUGAGCUCUGCGGUUCUUUCUAUUCCAACUACACACCAGCAAUUGACAUAUGGAGUGUAGGCUGCAUAUUUGCGGAGAUGCUUACCGGAAAGCCAUUGUUUCCCGGCAAGGACGUUGUGCAUCAGCUUGAACUCGUCACUGAUCUGCUUGGCACUCCCUCCCCUGAAACCAUAGCAAUGAUACCGAAUGAGAAGGCUAGAAAGUAUUUAAGUAACAUGAGGCGAAAGGAACCUGUUCCUCUCUCCAAAAAAUUCCCCAAUGCCGAUCCUUUGGCUCUGGGUUUGCUUCAGCAUUUGAUUGCGUUUGAUCCCAAGAACCGUCCCUCUGCUGAAGAGGCGUUGGCUGAUCCGUAUUUUAAAGGGUUGGCGAACGUUGAGUACGAGCCAUCAAGGCAGCCCAUCUCAAAGCUUGAAUUUGAGUUUGAAAGGAGGAAAUUGAGCAGGGAAGAUGUGAGAGAGCUCAUGUACAGAGAGAUAUUAGAGUAUCAUCCACAGAUGCUGCAAGAAUACCUACAUGGAGAAGAGAACCUCAACUCUCAUUUUUUAUAUCCAAGUGGAGUUGAGCAGUUCAAACAACAAUUCGCCUGUCUCCAAGGACAAGAUGAGGAUGAAGGGAAUCCCCAGCCGAUGAAGAGAAAGUACACCUCCCUCCCAAGAGAGCGAGUAUGCACAUAUGAAGAAGAGGGCAUAAACCCUUGUUCAGAUAUUUGUCCAAAAGCGACAGCUCAAGUGAAGCGCAGAGGCUCCUGUCUCCUGAGAAGCGAUAGCAUAUGCGCUUCCAGAUGCGUGGGAGUGACACCUACUCCUCCCCCCAAAGAUUGCGAUCUCUUAGUCAAUUGAUUUCAUUUCUUCAUUCUUGAGCGCUGCCAAAUCAUGCCAUUGAUGCUUCCUGUUAUGGGAAUCCUGUACAGAAGAUAUUUGUAAAGUUCAUCAUCCAUGAUAGGAUGUAGAGAUUGCCAUUGAUGCUACACAAAAAAAGCUCACAUAUGACUUGAUAAAUAAAGGCCUUGUUGUAAUUAAUGUCGA